AAAUAGUGAUACUUUUUUCACUUCCUUUGGUGCAACUGAGAGCCACACACAACAAUGAGAAUCCAAAGAAUCCUAAAUGGAAUCCAAGUCUUCCCUCACUUUGCAGUCAAAUUCCAUGCCUGGGCCUUUACAAACCAAAGCUUUCCUUUGUUCUUUCAGUUCAUAUGAAUCAUAUCUAUAUAUUUAAGUCAUCCCCAGAACCUGGUCAGUCAACCCUGUCAACCUUCUCCUCAUCCUCUGAAAACUUCCUACCUCCAACUUCAUCUUGCACUACCUCAUUAGACUCUGCAGAGGAAGAGCAAACAGAAGUAGAAGUAAAAGAAGAAGAAGAGGAAGAAGAAGAAGAAAGGAAGGAACUAUGAAGAGGUUUGUUCUUGUAUUCCUCUUCCCCUGUUUUCUCUGUUUCUUGUUUUCCAUUUGUUUAUUGGUUGAAGGAAGGAAUAACAUCUCCUUUUCACCACUUUCUGAAGACCAAAACAACAUUAUGUCCAAUCUCUCCACAAUACUAUCCCACCAACCAUCUUUUAAAACCAAUUCUAAUCCCAAUCCUUGUUCAUGGACUUCUUGGGUGAUUUGUUCUACAUCAUCCUCAUCUUCUUCAUCUUUGGAAGUGACUGGAAUCAAUCUAUCUGAGUAUGGUUUAUCCACAGAAACCACCAAGAACACCUCCUUCUUCUCCCUGCUCUGCCAAAUUGAUUCUUUGCAGUCCCUAAACCUCUCACACAACAACUUUGAGUCUCUUCCUGAUUCAUUCUUGUCCAACAACUGCACUGCCAGCUCUCGACUCAGAAUCCUUGAUAUUAGCUUUAACCAGUUGUCUGGCCAGCUGCCGAACCUUUCACAGUUUACUGCUUUGGUGAGUCUUAAUCUUUCUAUGAAUAAGUUGUCUGGAAAUAUAGAUAGACAGUUGCAUGGUCUUGUGUUGUUGAAAAGCUUGAACUUGCGCAAUAACUUCAUAACUGGCAACCUUCCAAUGAAUUUGAGCUCAGCUCUGGAGGAACUACUUCUAUCAUACAAUAAGUUUGAGGGUUCAAUCCCUGGGGAGAUGUUCAAAUAUGCCAACCUUGAUGUCCUGGACCUCAGUCAGAAUCAGCUGAAUGGGUUUAUUCCUGAUGGAAUUGAAAGGCUGCAAAAGCUUAAAAAAAUCUUCCUUUCUGGCAAUAAUCUAGCAGGGGAACUCCCUUCAAAUAUGGCCAUGAUUAAGACACUGUCCCAGUUUGCUGCCAAUAAGAACCAUUUCAAUGGAAGGAUUCCUUCUGGAAUCACAACAAAUUUGCAGUUCUUGGACUUGAGUUACAACAACCUUGCUGGAGAUCUGCCACAUGAUCUUCUUUCCCACGGCAGUUUGGGGCAUCUUGAUUUGACUAACAAUUUUCUUAGCGGCCCCAUCCCGCCUAUUUCAGGAAAUUUACUGACCAACCUUACACGGUUAAGGCUCGGUCAGAAUAAGCUCAAUGGGAGCAUUCCUCCGGCAAUUGGCGAUAUAUCGGGUCUGAUGUAUUUGGAGUUGAAUGAUAACCACUUUGAAGGAUAUAUCCCUGUGCAGUUGCAGAAUUGUAAAAAUCUUUCUCUUCUGAAUUUAGCUGGAAACAAUUUAACUGGUGCAUUCCCAAAGGAGUUGGCAAGUCUUACUCAGUUGCAGGUCUUGAAGCUCCAAAUGAAUAACCUUAAUGGUAGCAUCCCUGAUGAAAUUUAUCAGUUAGCAAACUUGAGUACUUUGAAUCUCAGCCGGAAUGGUUUUACUGGUGGGAUAUCUGCGUCGAUUUCUAACUUGAAGAAGAUUGCAUUCUUGAACUUGAAUGACAACAAGCUCGGUGGAUUGAUACCUGAUUCAAUUGGUAACAUAGGACCAUCUCUGAUUGAACUCCAACUAGCCAAUAACAAGUUCAAUGGAAGCGUUCCUUCAAUGUCCAGGGACUCGCAGAUGACUACUCUCAACCUCAGUAGCAACCUACUCAUGGGGCCUUUACCUGAAUCUCUUUCUGUAUUGAACAAUUUGGAGGUUCUUGAUCUCUCGGACAACAACUUUACUGGUGACAUUCCAUCCUCUUUCACUGGGUUGGGAAGCCUGACAAUACUAGACCUUUCCAAUAAUCAUCUUACUGGCAUCCUUCCAAACUUUCCCAAGUAUGUGAAUGUCAUUAUCACUGGAAACAAUAUACAAAAUGUUACAAAUCCGAACACUCCAACUCCAUCUCAAUCAAGGAGAAGAACCAAUGUUCUUGUUGUCGUUGUUGCUGUUGUGGGUUCCGUGGUAGUUUUUGGCUUGUUUGCUGCUCUUCUCUUUUUUGUGGUAUCACAGCGGUUCAAUCGUGUUGAAGAUGAAGACCCCCUGGUCAGAUACAAUCCUUCCCAGGUGAUCAAGGGCUGCUUCAUAACUUCAAACAAUACUCACAGAUCGAACAUCGACUUCAUGAAAGCAAUGGUAGCAGUUAGCAAUCCAGAGAACGUAGUGCUGAAAACAAGGUUCGCAACACACUACAAAGCUGUCAUGGCCAACGUGUCGACCUAUACUGUCAAGAAACUAAACUGGGGCGACAAAAUGUUUCAGAUGGGGAGUCAUGAAAAGUUCGAAGAAGAACUCCAAGUCUUAGGCAAGCUGAGCAAUUCAAAUGUGAUGGUUCCAUUAGCAUAUGCCUUGACACAAGAUAAUGCAUACCUUUUCUAUGAAAAUGUACACAAAGGGACCGUAUUCGAUUUCCUUCACAAAGGUUUGGAGACCGCUUUGGAUUGGUCAUCACGAUACAGUAUCGCAUUGGGUGUAGCUCAAGGAUUGACAUUCCUCCAUGGCUGCACUCAGCCGGUUGUCCUCCUCGAUCUCUCAACAAAGAGCAUCCACUUGAAGUCACUGAAGGAGCCACAAAUCGGCGACAUUGAGCUCUGCAAAGUCAUAGAUUCAUUUAAGAGUUUCGGCAGUCUAUCUGCAAUUGCAGGCUCUGUUGGUUACAUGCCUCCAGAGUACCCGUAUACAAUGCGAGUGACAAUGGCCGGCAAUGUGUAUAGUUUCGGUGUCAUCUUGCUCGAGCUGCUGACCGGGAAGCCACCGGUGAGCAAAGGGAUAGAACUCGCAAAAUGGGCUCUGAGUUAUUCGGCUAGGACAAUCGGAAAGGAUCAGAUUCUGGAUUCUAGCAUUAAAAGAACAUCACCAGAGGUUCAUAGUCAGAUGCUAUCAGUGUUGAAGGUUGCUUUGAGUUGUGUUUGUGCAUCUCCUGAGUCCAGGCCUAAAAUGAGAAAUGUUCUCAGGAUGCUAUUCAAUGCAAGGUAAACAAAAACAAGAAGAUCAUGAGCCAAAUUAAGAAUCUUUAUACUUAUAUGAGAUUGAAAUAAACUGUUUUGAGUUUUUUUUUUCUUCAAAGAUGAGGAGCUUUGUAUUGUAUAGCUUGCAAACGUUAAUACUUAAUCAGACUUACAUGUAUACAUGUUAAUGGUUUUGUAUUGAUUUGUCUGUUGUGGAUUAUGGAAUUAAGCAUGAGUGUCAACAAAUUUGGCAAA